UAUAACCAUCACAUUGGUUCUCCCCAUUUGACAUUGAAACAAAGCAUCGGAACUCGCUCGACUCGAGCCCGAUCACUUUUCCCGUACAAGUCCAAUGGGUUCGAUCUCUUCCCAGCGACGAUCGGCAUCACCAUCACCACCACCCGUGUUCAAUUCUCCUCGAUAUCGAGUGAUCGCCGCGUUCUGUCCUAAAGAGGCAGGGCCUAGUACUAAUGUUUUCAACUGUAUACAAUGUUACAACCCUUGUAAUAAUACAUGGGAACAUGUUAGCUUCAUUCCCAACCUACGUGAAAACCAUGUCUUAAAGGGUUUUGUGAUGGUUUCACUCGGAGAAUCUGUUUAUGUUAUCGGUGGCAGGUUAUGGAACAAGCGAAAACCUCGGGAUUCGAAUGAGAUUCCUGAUGUUGAUGUAGAAGUGUCAGCAUUAGUGCUCCGAUACAACGUUCGGUGGAACAAAUGGUCGAAAUGUGCGUCGUUAGGGACGCCACGGUAUGAUUUUGCGUGUUGUGUUUGUAACGAUAAAAUUUACGUCGCGGGUGGAAAAUCCGGUUUGAAUAGCACUCGAGGAAUGACAUCGGCCGAGGUUUAUGAUCCGGUUACCGGUCGAUGGACCGACUUGCCUAGUAUGAGUUCGUUGAGGUACAAAUGUGUAGGGGUAACAUGGCAAGGCCAAAUCUACGUAGUGGGUGGUUUCGCCGAAAAAGACGAUUAUGUCCCCAACAUGCUGACGUUCUCGCCGCAGCGGUGCUCCGCCGAGUUGUUCCACGUCGGAGCGGAGAAAUGGGACCUCGAGGCUGGGAUGUGGCAAUUGGACGUACCGCCGAAUCAAAUCGUCGACGUAGACGGCAAAUUGUUUAGCUCCGGCGAUUGCCUUAACCCAUGGAAAGGACACAUCGAAGCUUACGACGAGAACCUCAACAUGUGGACCGAAGUCGACGGGUCACGUUUCAAUCCGCCGAUCUCGGCCAUGGAACGGCUUUACUUAACAAUGGCGCCGAUCGGGACACAGUUAUAUUUCUUCGCGGGGUAUCGGAAGGCUGAGGAACCGACGAAAACACUGUCGGUGGUUUAUGUAUUCGAUACGUUGGCCACCGUCGAUGCAUGGCGGAGCUUAGAGCCAACGGAGGAAGAAGGGGAAAAUGAGCUUUGCAGCCAUUGUUGCGUGGUUCAGCUCUGAUAACAAGGAUAACUGAUAAAAAAAAAAGUUUUAUUCGUAAAUUGGCCCAUGCGCUAUACUAGAAUUCUCAAAUA